ACCCAGUUUAGCCGGCAGAAAUGGGAGCAGUGUGUAAGGGUCCCCUAACUGCUGGUCCAACCAACCUCCCCCUGGCCCGCAGGUCGGAGAGGUUUUCCCGGAUUCUGUGUCCUGGGACGAGCAGUAAAGGAGAACGGGCAGCUGGCCAAGCCGGAACGGAACUCCUCCGGGCCGUUACCGGAACGGGUCGGGGGAAGGACCGGAACGGGUCCGGGCGCGUGUUUCCUGUUUUUGCCGGGGUAAUGGCAAAGAAACGGAGUGAUGGGGGUAUCAAAACAACCAGCAGCAAGGAGAGCUAUGCAGUGGGUCAGGUGGCUGACAGUCUGUCCCAUAAGGAGACGCCUAAGGCCAAAACAACACCGCUGAUGACUCUCUUCUCCACGCCCUCAAUUCCCUCUAGCCAGUUGUUAUUUAGUCCUGUCCUGGAGCGUAAGGUCAGUGGUAAGAAACGGAAGAUUCCAGAAGAGCCAGCCAGCAGAAAUGAGGGCAAGCAGCAAAAGCUGGAGGAAGUGAAGCCAGUUCAACGAAAGAAGCUCACGGCAGCUGAACAGAAACUGGCUCAACGAGAGAGUGCCUUGAGUGCCGCCGAUAAGGAAGGCGAAGGGGUGCGCCGUGUGAAGCAGAGAAAGAAGUUGACCGAAGAUGGGCCGCCGGCAGCAGUGGAACAAGCAACAGGGAAAGAUGCCAAACGUUUCAGAAAGUGCAGGACCAACCUUGGAAUGGAGAAGAUAAAGAACAAGAGGACUGUGUUUGUGGGGAACCUGCCCUCUGAGUACAGUAAACAGAUGAUCAUAGCGCUAUUUAAAGAGUUUGGGCCGAUAGAAUCUGUACGGAUCCGUUCUGUGGCACGUGAGGAACCCAGCAUCUCCAGGAAGUUGGCCACUAUCCAGAGGAAGGUUCACCCUAAGAGGAAUAACAUGAAUGCCUACGUUGUGUUUCGGCACUACAAUGAUGCAGUCAGAGCCCUAACAAGAAACGGAUACGAGUUAAAAAGUGGAUUUAAUAUUCGUGUGGACCUAGCAAUCAAGUCAGAUGAGUAUGACCAUCGGCGAUCCAUCUUUUUGGGCAACCUGUCAUAUGAUAUCCAAGAAAAUGAUGUUCAUGAUCACUUCUCUGGAUGUGGAGAUAUCAAGUGGGUGCGGAUAGUGAGAGACCAGGAAUCAGGAAUGGGAAAAGGAUUUGGAUAUGUGCUUUUUCAGAGCACGGAUGCCGUAACUCUGGCCCUUGAGCUCAAUAACUCGGAGCUACAAGGACGUAAAGUGCGAGUCAGCCGCUCAGUAAAAAAAGAACGAGUGUCUCAGGACCCAGCCAUGAGUCGUCACGUAGAGAAGGAAGCGGCAGCUAGGGACUUUGCCGGGUUGAUGGUGAAGAAGGCAGAGGGAAAGAAAACCAAGAGGAAAAUUCCAGGGAAGAAAAUCAAGCAGAGCCGGAGGAAGGCCAGCAAGUCGAAAAAGCAGUGAAAGGUUGCAGCCUGUCUGAGCUCAGAGGCCUUUGAGCUUCAUACUGUGGUAACAACGGCUGAGGUUCUCAGACCAGAGCUGGCACUGAAUUAAAGAACAAGGCAGCCACUCUUUACACAGGCUUCUUCUCUGCUGCCAACAGCAAGUGGUGAGAUGUGGACUUCUCAGUGCAGAUGCGUCUUCAGGAACUGAUCAGUGCACCUUUGUAUUACAAGGUGGCCAUGUUUGAUUUUAUUGCCCUGAAUCCAUGGUGCAGUCUGCUUGUUUCAAAUGCUUGAGACACUUCAAAUACACUGUGUGUUAACCAUUCCACCAUGCACUCCCUAGCCCCAUAUCUUGUUGAAUAAAACUGGCCAAGUUAAUCAGCCUCAAUCCA